GCUAAGGCUUUAUCAACAAAGUGCCAAGAAGCUGCAUGUUCCGCUGUUUCUCGAAGGGGUUCACCCGCGUUAUCGCCGGGAAACAGCCUUCAAACAGAUAGGACAGAUAAAAAAAGUAUCAUUUGAUUCGAUACGUUUCAUUUUAUUUGAUGCGUAUUGAUUCCGUUAUAACUAUAAACAUUAAUUUAUUGUAACAUUGAUUCGUGUCAACUUGUUUGACGAGAGGUGCAUAUGAAAACAUGUCUUCAGUAACAUUACCGGGAAUACAAACGGCUGGCAUUUAUACCGGAAAAUACAAAGAUUGGUCACCGGAAUUAAGAUCGGCUGGAAAGUUAACUGCAACAGGUGACACAGCUUUAUCAUGCCUGAAACCUAAAGAUAAUAGGCCCCCAUCUGCAGAUGUUAUCCGGAGAUUUAGGGCAACAUUAAGACCUGAUGCCGGUCAGAUGAGAGUUUUCUAUGGCAAGGCGUCCGACCCUCAUCGUCAGUGGGCGAAGGACAUGUGUCAUGGGAUUAACACACAGUCAUCUGCUAAUGCAGGCGAACUGGCCAAUCCUAAUCCAAAAACAUUGUUCCAGCAGAAGAAAUUUGAUAGGAAGGAGCUUAUCUAUGCCAGUCACCUCAGAGCUCCGCUUGGGAACUCACACAACCAGACUCCAUGUCUGCCAAAGGGCCUGAAUACAGAUGAAUUUACAUUUGGAAUUCCAACAGAAUUAGAUAUUGGUGCAGGUGGAUUAAUUAACCCCAAUAAAACCUAUGCAGAAGUAGAGCAAGAAUCGGCCGUGGGACACGAACUGUACAGAGACACCCACACUGAUUAUAAUGUAGGCGAGCAGCACCAUAGGAACUACACCUCCGAGGGUUUUAACUCUAAAUCAAAGUUCGGAAUUCCCACACCUCAUAGUAAUGAUGGCAAGAAAGUCCGUCAGACUCUUCGAUGGAUGUCACAGGCCCAACAGGAAAAAGCCACCAAAAUUGUGUCAAAACGUGUGGAUGAUUUCCGGGAAAGAACACAGCCUCAGCUAGGAACUGUUCAUGAUCCGAUCAAGGACACACUGAAGGUUGCUCCAGAUCACACCUUUGGAAUCCUGGUCAAACCAGACGAGUAUGGAGCCGGAGACCUACUACACAUGCGACCCCCAGGGACAUAUUUGAGGGGCAAGGACCGACAAAGGGGUGUUAUGGCUGCAAUCAGACAACAUUUGAAGAAAGCCAACUAUCACAACUUCCAUGACCUGCUGGCAGCCUUCAAACAUUAUGACAAGGACGGAACUGGCAAAAUCAAAAUGCAGGGUCUGAGAGAAGCUUGUGUCCAGUACCAUUUACCUGUUGAACCAGAGUUAUUGGAACAACUGAUGGAUUAUUGUGACACUAACCGAGAUGGCUGUAUAGACUACUUAGAGUUUUCUAAUUUCCUCAACUGGAAAGAUAAAAUGCCCUCUGGAUUUGGGCCAAAGACUGAACCUCCAAAAACUCCAGUGACCCCAAAGUCGGCCCCCAGUCCCCAUGUAAGAACCCCUCACUCAGGAUGUGAAGUACAGGUCUCUCAGGAGGACCUCCAACCUAAGACCCCCCAGAGUGCAGAAAGUACCCCGCGACGACUACAAAAACAGAUAGAUAUGGCUAUUGGUAAUCAUCGUACCAGCUCCAGUAUGAUUAACGCAGUCAUCGGUGGUGUGAACACAAGAGAUUUUAGGACAUAUGGUGUCCCAACCAUCCGUACAGACCUUCCAGGUCCAAGGAUCCGACGAGUGGAUGACAGGAAGAAUUAUGGGGAUGAAUCAGAUGCAUAUGGUCUGAUGAACCCUUCUAUGUUUAGCCGCAGAGGUGUAUUUGAGAAAGACUUUCUUCUACCCCGUACACUGGAGGAGAUUAAUGAAAUCUUCACAAAUAUCGGUGUGAAGAUGACAAGAGAAAAUGUUGAGGUGUUGUACCAUACUGCUGCAAAACAACAUCCAAAGGGUCACGUCAGUGUUGAAUCAUUCCGAGGCGUCCUUGAUGAUGUGCUUGCCAACCAGGUCCUGGAGGGAAAACAUCCACUCGCCAUCUAGGUCAAAGGUCAUGGUGGUCAGAUCUAAUAUAGGUCAAAGUUCAUUGGACCUUGUUUCAACAAACUUUUCAAAAUUUCAAAAAGUUGUAUAUUACAUAAUGGAAAAAUUUUGUGAAAAAGUUUGUGAAAUGCAGACUUAAUUAAUGUUAAACAAAUUAUUGGAACAUAAAAAGGUUGAUGAUGGUCUAUGGAGUAAUCAAGGAAAUAGGGAAUUUUAAGAAUCAGUUAAAAUGUUGAUAAGAGAUUAUUUAAAAGGAAAUUGAUAAUAGGCAUUAUCUCCUAGAAAUGUAUUGAGAAGAUUAAUGAUGGACAAUUCAUUGAUAACAUAUGAUUAUGUAAAGUAUCUUAAUUCCUUCAGAAUAUGUGUAAUUGUAUGUAAAAUAUUUAUCAAAUAUUUCCUGAGGCAAUUUUCAUUAUUCCAAUAUACUCAGUCUGUUAAAAGAGAUAACUUUCUAUUAAAAAUCACAUUUAUGAGCUUCAAGGUAGUAUUAACUAUAUUCAUGUACCAGUAAUAACAUUUAGAUAAAAAAAAAUUGUAAAUAUUUACAUUACAACAUUAUUAGCAUGACAUGGAUAUAUGAAUAAAGACAAUGUUAUUUUUGCCAUCAUUUGUGCAAGAAAUAUUGGUUUAUUGUCAAUGAUUAAAGAAUUUUGAAAUCAUAUAGAGAGGGUACAUGUAUUCAUCCUGGGCUUAAACUGUUUUGUCGGAAUCCCUAUGUUAUUAGGGAUACUGCUAUGUACAAAAAUGUAUACAAAAUGUAGGUAUGAUAUAUUAUUUGUCAACCACAUGUAAUUUUAAAGAACGAUAUGCAAAACAAUUUGCAUUUUAGUUUUCAUAGCAUUAUAUGUUAAAAAUUUGCUACAGAUCUGUCAUGUUGUUGGAAGCAAUUUUGAUAAACACCAUGUAGAAACGAGAUUAAGAUGUGACAUGUAUCUGCAGUAUUCUGUGAAUGAUUCUUAUGCAAAUUGUGAUUUCAACUUAUAUGCACAAGACAUUAUGCAAGAUUUAAGAAAGUUUUCUUGGAUAAAAAAUGACAUCCAUAUUGUAUUUGAAAUGUCAAAUGUUUUGAAAAUGAAUGCCAUUUUUAAAGCAAUUCUCCAGUAUUGAAUUCUUAAACUUUCAGGUGAAAUCUACAGUAUUGACAGCAUACUCUGCUUUAAUGGGGGAAAAAAUAAGGCAGAACAUUAGUUGAUUUAUUAUUUGUUCAUGUUUGUUAAAUGUCGUUACAAGAAAUCAAAAAUUGUAUCUCAACAGCAUUAAAUAGAUGUUUUGGUGUAAAAUGUAUUCAAGAGAGUCACAAUUAGAUACAGCACACAAUUUCUCGAUGCACACUUUAAAUCCAGUAAGUUUUGAAAGAAACACACCCUCCAACAUAGAUUUGUGAUUUCUGUUGUUAUACUAGUACUAAGAAUGUACAUAAUUUGUGCUUAAGACAAUAUAGUAAUGAGAGGGAUUUAAAAUUUGCCUUUAGUUAUAUCUAGUGCUUAUCCUGAAAAUAAUAAUUUUCAACAAUCCUAGCUAUUCUUUCUUUUACUUAAAUUGUCAAUUUAUCAGUUUUUCUCUUGAAAAAUGGAUUCACCUGUUUUUUUUUUAUUUCAAUAGAUAGAGCACACCAACAUGUUUUGUAAACACACUUGAUAAACUCUGAAGAGGUCUGUGAAACAGACGUUUUCUUUCAAGCAAUCAAUUUCACCCUCAGCACCCGCCACGCCUACCUGAUGAUGACUUGCCUCCAGUUAGUCUCCACCCAUUGUUCUUCGUUGUUUAGUGUUCAGCUUUUGUACAUUUUGCUUUAGAUGAUAUUACUGAUUGCAUUCAGGAAAUUUUUCCUUUUCAUGGGGUAAAAUUUUCUGAUUAUUGGAAAUUGAAUGAAAAAUGGAGUAAGUUUCAUUUCCUCUGUCGGCAAAUAUACAGAAAUAUAGUUGUCAGAGGUAAAAAUAUACACUUUUUCAAAUAUAGAAUUCAAUUUUGAAUGAAAGUGUGUUGUAUUAUGUUGUUCAACAUGUAAUGUCCAUGUGUGUAGGAUAAUGUGCUAUCUUUAUGUUAACGGACAAAGUUUACAUAACCUGUAUUCCGUCCAAGCUGUCAGAGCCAAACUGUGAUAAGUUAAUUCAGACAUUAGAUUGAGUGAUUUUUUUUAGUUCUUAGUUUUAUGAUAUUUUAGAUUGUAAAUAAUCUUUCAAAGUAAUGCUUUUAGCUUUCAGACUUGUAAAUAUUGAUUAUAUUUUAAUAUGUGGUACUAUACCCUCGUGUACAUAUCAAUUGUUCAUUUUAUUUUGUAUUACUUUUAUAAUAUAAACUUCCGCCCUAUAGUACUUGAAUACGAAAUAAAAUAGAUCAAUUUGAA